AUGUACUGUGCUACUAGGGUAUUUGUUGGCUAUUGUGAAGAUUCCAAAGGCUACCGAUUAUUUGAUAUAGAAGAUAAAGGAAAGAUUAUCAAAGCAAGAGAUGUUGUUUUCUUGGAAAAUAAAUUUUCAAUAGAAGAAAGAAGCGAAGCAGAUAAUAAUUUAAAUUCUUAUAUUUAUUUGAGUAAUGAAGAUAAAGAAGUUCUUUCUUCUGAAGAAGACAUACAACAAAAUGAUAUUAGAUCAGAAAGAAGAUCUGAAGAAGAUGAAGAAGAAUUUCAAAGUUUAACAGAUCAAGAACAACAAGAUGCUGAAGAAGACAAUAGAGAAACAGAGAAUAGACAUCAAGAUCAUAAAGAUCAAGAUCAAGAGGAUCAAGAUAAUGAUAAAAAUCAAGAUCGAGAGGUUCAAGAUAAUGUAGGAGAAGACAUUAGAGAAACAGAGAGAAGAUAUCCUAAAAGAAAUAGAAAAGUAGCAAGAAGUUUUCCGAUUAUUUCCUGUUUCAAGCAACCUGUGAGCCAAUUGAUCCUAAGAAUCUUACUGAAGUUUUGA